AUGCCCACAACACCCUCAGCCCGCACCACCAGCACCACAUUUCUGAAUCACGCAAAUAUGAAUGGCGCAGCAAAGUUCCUGCAGCCCAUCACAGCCGUCGAAUAUGAUCCGAUCGAGCACCUGAACCAGAUAUUCUCUAAUCCUUCGACCCUAGACCACGUUCAAGAAGCGGUUCAUGCCCUUGACCACCACCAGAAAAACAUAUCCCUCGAUAUUAGCUUUCUCUCGGCCCAGCAAGCUCUUAAGAACGAUGCCUCACUCAAACGCAUGCAGAGCACUAAAAAUGAGCUCGCUGAGCUAUUCAACAAGAUUGAAUCCGUCCGAACCCGAGCCAUCGAGACCGAGCAGACCAUAACAUCUAUGACGGCUGAUAUCAAACGAUUAGAUGGUACGAAACGUAACUUGACCCUGUCCAUGACAGCACUUAAGCGCUUGCAGAUGCUCACCACCGCCUAUGAGCAGCUACGAGGCCUGACCAAAACAAGGCAAUAUAAAGAGUGUGGAGGCCUACUACAGGCAGUGCUGCAACUUAUGAAGCAUUUCAAUAGCUACAGAUCUAUUGAUCAGAUUGCCACUUUAAGUCGCAAUGUGGCCGAUUUACAGCGGGAGCUGCUAGAACAAGUCUGUGAGGAUUUUGAAACGGCCUUCACCCGAGAUGAGAUUGGUCCAAAGAACCUGAUGCUGGCUGAGGCCUGUCUUGUAAUGGAUGCUCUGGGUGAGAACGCAAGAGCACGCCUCAUCACCUGGUACAUCAAUACACAGCUCAGGGAAUAUAGACAAGUUUUCCGAGGAAAUGAAGAAGCUGGGAGCUUAGACAACAUUGGGAGAAGAUAUAGCUGGCUUCGACGAAUGCUAAAGAUGUUUGAAGAAAAGCAUGCCUCCAUCUUCCCCUACGAUUGGAGGGUGAGUGAGUCUCUCGCCAACGCUUUCUGCGAUGAAACUAGAGAAGAUUUCAAAGUUAUCCUCGAUAGAACCAUGCGAAAAACAAACAAUGCCGAUGUUGACGUUAACUUGCUGUUGAACUGCUUGCAAGAGACCAUGGACUUUGAGCAAAGUCUCGAAAAAAAGUUCUCCAGUGAUCCCAGAACAAGCAUCGAUACACUUAAUUCUGGAGAAGGCAAGACUUGUGCCUUUGAAAGAUCAAUCUCUAGCGCUUUUGAGCCCUAUCUAAGCCUAUGGAUAGAAUCACAGGAUAAGGCACUGGCAUCAUUUAUUCCGGCGUAUCGGAAUCAAGAGCUUCUCACCCAAGAGGAAGAAUUCUCACCCCAGUCCGUUAUAGCAUCUUCGAUUGAACUCUUCCACUUCUACAAAAAGACACUGGCUCAAUGCUCCAAACUGUCAACGGGAGAAUGCCUCUUGGAACUUUCCAAGACUCUGGCCAAGUAUCUGGAUGAGUAUGCACAACAAGUCCUGCUAUUCUUCCUACAGAAACCUGAUGGUCCGAGUCUAUCAAGUGUCAUUCUGGUCCUGAAUACAGCUGAUUACUGGCAUGCAAACACCCAACAGCUCGAGGAAAACCUGAAGAAACGGAUUGAUCCAGACUUGGUCGCCAAGGUCGACUUAUCAUCUCAAGCAGAUGUGUUUAUGGGGGUUGCUAGUGCAGCCGUCUUAGCAUUGGUCCAUCGCGUAGAGCUUGCGUGUGAAAUAUCGUGGCGGGAAAUGAAGAAUAUUAAUUGGAGUAAGAUGGAAAGUGUGGGAGACCAGAGCUCUUAUGUUGCAGAGCUUACUCGGAAUAUUAGCUCCGAGGCUCAAAAAAUUCUACCUCUAAUCUCAAAACAACAGUAUGCUCGUGCAUUUUGCGAUAAUCUUAGUGAACAUCUCGCAACAGUAUUCAUAAGUAAUGUUGUGCAGUGCCGUCCAAUAUCUGAAGUCGGCGCUGAGCAGUUGCUUCUCGAUAAGUAUGUCCUGACAAAAUUUCUUAGCAACCUCCUUGCUCACUUUCCACACCCCGUAUCUGCCACGGUAACAGCCAACUUUUCCAAGCGCGUACAAAGCUCUCUCUCACGCCUUGACCCGCUUCUUAAAACACUUCAGGUACGCCCAUCACCUCCCGAAGGACUUGUACAGGCAUACCUUAUACAUAUUGGUGAUCGGUCCGAUGCAAAUUUUCGCAAAAUACUGGAGCUCAAGGGUCUGCCAAAAUCUCAGCAUCCUGCACUCAUUGAAUUAUACGGUGUGCACCGGGAUGGGAAAAUGAAUGACCAACUAAUUUCAAUGAGCCCUCUCCUAACACCGCUCAUGAACACUAGCAAUGUUACGAGUGGUCCAUCAUUAGCUGGCCCCAGCAAAACAUUCGACCCGACAGGCCUCGGGGAGAAGCUUAUUAGUGCUGCUCGAGAAACGGGCGAGAGAAUGGGCAGCGAGGAGACAAAAGCGACUGUAGAGGGAAAUCUAAAGAGUAUCGGCAAGUUUUUCAAAAGAGAUAUGACUGGAUUUGGUCGAUUCGGUGGAACUUGA